AUGGUCUGCUUCACCAAAGCCCUCUGGGUAGCCACCACCCUGGCCAGCAGUGCCCUGGCGAUGCCCUCGCACAUCCACGCCAACCGCCACACGGGCAGCGGCCACCCCCACCUCCAGCUCGAACACCGCCGCAGCGCCACCACCAACUCCACCGCCGGUAAACGCGGCGCGGCCUACAACGCAGCCAGCAGUGUGAGCACGCUCUCCACCAGCGGGGCGGUGACCUGGGGCUACGACUGGAACAUGUACAGCGACGGCUCGCUCCCCUCCACCGUGGAGUACGUGCCCAUGCUCUGGGGCAGCAAGAUGUUCGACAGCUGGUUCACCGCGAUCGAAACCGCGCUGAACAGCGGCAGCAAGUACAUCCUGGGCUUCAACGAGCCCGACAACAGCGGCCAGGCCAACAUGGCCUCCGCCGACGCGGUGACCUACUACCAGCAGUACAUCUCCCCCUACAAGGGCCAGGCGAAGCUGGUCACCCCGGCCGUCACCAACGGGGUCGGCGCCGAUACGGGCUUGUCGUGGCUCGAGAACUUCCUGAGCGCCUGUGGCCAGAGCUGCGGCGUCAGCGUGCUCGCGGUGCAUUGGUACGGCGACUCGGCCAGUGACUUCAUGACCUUCGUCGCCCAGGCGGUGGCGCUCGCGGAGAAGUACGGCCUCGAGGAGACCUGGGUCACCGAGUUUGCCCUCAACAGCGCCGUCACGGCCGGCCAGGGCACCCAGGAGGCGGCCGACUUUCUGACUGAGGUCGUGCCGUGGUUGGAUGCGCAGAGUGGCGUCGGUCGCUAUGCCUACUUUAUGUGCGCCGAUGGGUAUCUGUUGAGUGGGGAGGCGUUGAGUGUUUCCGGACAGGCGUAUGUUGCUUGA